AUGUCUGCCAGCAACCCAGUAAUUGUCUUGCUGUCAGAUUCUGAUACAGAACCUGAAGAUGACCCAAAUCUACCGUCACGAGAUGAGUGUGAAGCCAGGUGUCAAACGUUUGCUGAGAUCACAGGGACUGACACGGCACUGGCAAUGUUCUACCUGCAAGACAGGGAGUGGAAUGUUGAUAGAGCUCUCAAUGCUUAUUUCGCUGAGACCGGGGACAAUCACAAGAGCCAGUCUGACUCUGCUAGCAGUGUGACCCCUGCAAGGGUCACUCUAGUUAGUUCCCACACUGGAGGAACAUCCACAGCAGCCAGGCGGGAUGAUGCCCCGUAUUUAACUCUACGCCCUCCAGUGAUACAGCCAAAGAGCAGCAAAUGUAUCCGAGUCUUAUCCUGGAAUCUCGGUGGCCUUGACCCAGACAACCUCCAGUCUCGGACGGAAGGGGCUUGCAGUGUCAUGAUGCAAGAACAGCCAGAGAUCAUCUUCCUGCAGGAGGUGGUUGGCAGAUCGUUGAAGAUCAUCCAGGAGAAAUGUAGCAGUUACCAGGUGUUUCCCAGUGUGGAGGCUUCUGUGAUGACACUGGGAUCCUACUUCACUGCUAUGCUGCUCCAGAAAAAUACUGUACAGCUGAGAGCUAUCAACGUGGCAGAUUUCCCCACGACUCUCAUGAGUCGCAACCUUCUGGAAGUACAGUGUAAAGUGAAGGACGUGUCCAUGACUUUGCUGACAAGCCAUCUGGAGAGUACAGCAGAGUACGCGGCCGAGAGAAAGAAGCAACUGACGAUAUGCUUCGACAGAAUGCUGCAGGCUCCCAAAGACCACACUGUCAUAUUUGGUGGCGACCUGAAUCUCCGUGACAAAGAA